AUGUCGAUUUCCGCUAUCUCAUCCCUCGGAUCAGCGACUACAUCACUAGCAAUCCACCCAUCUUCAGCUCUAACUCACGAAAGAAAUGGAAGCACCACAUACUCUUUCAACCCAGCGUCUCAGACCAACAUUGCAGUCUACUGGGGCGCAAGUCCCGCAACGACCUCAGACAGCUUACUAGCUCUAUGUCAACACCCCAACGUAGACAUCGUUAUUCUCGCCUUCCUAGGAACCUAUUUCGGCCCAGGGGGCUAUCCAUCCCUCAAGAUUGGUGGCUCGUCAUGUCGGGCUGCGACCCCUGAGCAGCAAGCCAUUGCCCCUGGUUUGGUAGACUGCACAGCAAUCGCUCCAUCAAUCGCAGAAUGCCAACAAGCCAGCAAACCUGUUCUUUUAAGCUUGGGUGGCUCCUCGAUUACAUCGUCCUUCGAGUCGGAUGAGCAAGCGAAAGAGUUCUCGUCCACCCUGUGGGCACUUUUUGGAGCAGACACUGCGAACGAAACAACUCGAUCAAUCCGCCCUUUCGGCCCAAACAUCGUUCUCGAUGGAUUCGAUCUGGAUGCUGAGAGCGAUAUGCCGCAGCAUUACCUUGCCUUCACGCAAGCUUUACGAGCGAAAUAUUCAAAGGACCCAGGAAAAGCUUACUACAUUUCCGGCUCUCCUCACUGCCCUAUCCCAGAUACUAGUCUUCCCCUGGAGGCUAUGCUGCUCUUGGACUGGGUGUGGCCGCGGUUCUACAACGCAAAGAAGUGCAACGCAAACAGCAAAGGGUUCCUGAACUCGGUAUCAGACUGGUCGGUGCAGCUGAAGACCAAUGGGACCACGAGGCCAAGGCUGUAUCCCGGCGUUGCCGUUUCGAAUCUGACUGGAAGUGGAAGCGUACGAGCAACGGACUUGCACAAGCAUGUGAAUGGCAUUGACAUUUCGAAAAUGGGCAAUUUCGGCGGCUUGAUGCUUUGGGAUGGGAGUCUGGCGCUUUUCGAGGGUACUGACAGGAUGAAUUAUUUGGACUAUGCGAGAAAUGCGCUUGUGAAGCUUCAAGACACUGUGAGGACAGAUUAA